CAAGCCAGGCCUCCAGGGCGGGGACCCCCACUGUCCCGCCCGUCCCGCCUCCCUCACCGCCGCAGCCACCCCAAGGCUCAUCUCGGGGACGUGGCUGCCUCUGUCGAGAGCGCAGCGGGCGCCGUGGGGGCCACACGGGUCCUGGCCCCGACGGCGCCCCCCAGAAGGCCGGAAAGCGCGCCCAGGCUGUAACGCGGGACGAGAGAGGAGGUGUCCCGACGCCUCCGCCACCUCCCUAAUUGGCUCUGAUGGUCCCGGGCCGAUGUCCCAGGUGAGUGGCCAGAGCCCCUCUUGCAGCGACGCGCCCCAUGGAGCCCCCAGCGCAGACCCGGACCCAGCCCAGACCCCUCCCUCCCUCCCCGGGCUGGAGGUAGUGGUGAGAUCGGCCGACCCUGCGGGAGCAACAUCGGAAGACGGCUCCCCGGAAGAGGUGGUAUCCUUCAUGCCCCAAGACGGUGGUCCUCGGGCUUUCCAGGCCUCCAACAGCACUGACCUCGAUGUUCCCACAGAAGCUGUGACACGCCAGCCUCAGGGGAACCCCUUGGGCUGCACCCCACUACUGCCAAAUGGCUCUGGCCACUCCUCAGAGCUGGACGGUGCCAAGAGGGCAGGGAACGGUGCUCUGGGGGGCCCCCAAACCCACCGGAAGUUGCAGGCGCACCCAUCUCUGGCCAACCAGGGGAGGAGGAAGACGAAAGGCAGCACGCGCUCAGCCGCCUCCCAGGUCCCCCUCCAGGCACAGGAAGACUGCUGCGUCCACUGCAUCCUGUCCUGCCUGUUCUGCGAGUUCCUGGCGCUGUGUAACAUCAUCCUGGACUGCGCCACCUGCGGCUCCUGCAGCUCGGAAGAUUCCUGCCUCUGCUGCUGCUGCUGCGGCUCGGGCGAGUGCGCCGACUGUGACCUGCCUUGUGACCUGGACUGCGGCAUCGUGGACGCCUGCUGCGAAUCGGCGGACUGCCUGGAGAUCUGCAUGGAGUGCUGCGGGCUCUGCUUCUCCUCCUGAUGCCACAGGGUGGCCCCCCAGGGCUCUCACACAAAGCUUGACACCUUCCCCAAACACCUAAAACCCCCAACCACCCACACACCACCCAUCCAGGCCCCCCCCAUCAGAAUCCCAGCCCAGAUGUGAGAAGGCGGGGUGCUCAGGGGCCACCUCGGCUAUGGAGUGGGGGCUGCGGCAGACAAGCCUUCCCUCCUCGCUGGGUGACCCCAGACACACACCUGAAACCUGGCGGGACGGGAUCAGCUAGCUGCCAGGGCCACCGAACACUGUGAAAGCUAGGGGAGGGGACCUGAACUGGGGGCCAGUGUCCUUCUCUGCUCCUGGGGUCCACCUCCCACAGCUACCCCAGCUUAGAGGGCAGAAAAUGUGAAAAGAUACCCCCCCCCCCCUCCAGGCAGGUCCCUUCCCAUUCCACAAUACUUUUCCUGGGCCUUUACGCGACCCAAGGGGACGGUCCUGCGGCGGGGGCGGGAAGGGAACAGUAUGGAAAAGACCGGAAGUCGGGUGGGGGUGGGGGGAUGGAGGGAAGGUCCAUUCUAUUUGUUGCUGUAAAUAUAGAUAUUUGUUCAUCUCUA